AUGCCGACAACCUCCCCUCUCACCUCCACAUCCGGCCUCGGCCCUGCCUAUCCAGUCGAAGGCGGCUCCAAUAUCUCGCCCUCGCUCGUCAGCGACGGUACGAAUAUCAACCUUGAAGCGCGCGGCUAUCCUGCACGGCGCGUCCGCUACUGCCAGCAUCUCAACGGCAGAGGCGCGUGCCUCAAUCAAGACUUGGAUAACAAGAGGUGCUACAACUUCCUGGGGUGGUGGGACAACCAAGUCAGUUCCAUCUACAUCAACCCGGGUCUCAAGUGCACAAUAUAUGCCGAAAAGGCCUGCAAGGGCCGCAAGGUCGAGUUCAAGGCGCCUGGGAUCACAGAUUUGCAGAGCGUAGGGAUUAAUGACCAGGCGAGCUCUAUCUACUGUUCUCAUUAA